AGAGCACACUCAUAUUGCUGAAAACAACUAUGAACUUCCUGUUUUUCGUUUUCUUCCUGGGAGCUUGUUUCUUAGGGCUAACGAAUGCUGGAGACCUCACGCCAGAAGAAAAACAACUCCUCGACGGAUGUAUGAAGAAUUGCAAAGAUAACAAAGAUACAUGCUACACGAAGUGUUUCUGCGAGGUAUUUCAUCAGUGCGACUGAAUGAAACGAGCACUUUUCCUCAUUGCCUGUUUCUUCUUGUG